AUAGUUCGGUUGCACCGCACGCAGCUCAUCAACUUUUGCAACUAAACGAAGCCUGUGCAGCGACAGUGAUCGAGCUACACAACACGGACCUGUCAGGCCCCCGGGACCCCGUGUGUGGCGCGUUCCUGCCCCCUGACGUCCGGGUUGGGACUUUUCAAACGUCAACAAAACAGCAAAUUCCAGAAGUGACGAGGAGACUCCAUUUUCGCAAGCGGCUGCUCGGGCUAGCGGGAAGCUAGCCGCUUAUGUUGCUAGGCUAACUUUCCCUGCUAGGCGGACGGGAGCCAGAGCAAGCGACGAGCUUGCGAUUAAUUAUCCAUCUGACGAAACUUUCGUUGCCCACACAAGACUCCCAGCAUGCUGAUGGUGGGAGGCAAUGGACGGGUGCACUAGAAUGAGUGUGAAGGAGCUGUGUGAGACCGAUGACCUGGCCACCGGUUUGGUGCUGGACCCCCUGCUGGGCUUCAGCACGCACAAGAUGAACAUCAGUCCCCCACCAGAGAUCCGGCGAUGGGGUAACCUGAAAGAGACCUUGCUGCGCUUUCAGCGUACGCUUGACUUCAAUGCCACGUUUGAGGCGCUGACAGUGGGUGAACUGGCUGGUGACUACUUCAGUGCUUUGGGAAACCAUCGGCAGGAGCUGCUGAGACAACACGUUUAUCGCUACCUCAGUGCCUUCCUGUUGGAUAGCGGCGUGAAAAUAGACUCCUGUGACAGAUACUCAUCGGAGACCAAUGGGGCGAAGAUAACCUCAACAAGGCACUGGUUUGUAGGAGAGCGUGUGGAGGUCCUGCUGGGUUGCAUAGCAGAGCUGAGUCCCACCGACAGUGCAGUCCUGAGGGCAGGAGUCAACGACUUCAGUGUGAUGUAUUCUACACGCAAACGUUGCGCUCAGCUCUGGCUUGGACCUGCAGCUUUCAUUAACCACGACUGCAAACCGAACUGCAAGUUCGUCCCUGGUGAGAAGAAUAACGCUUGUGUUGAGGUGAUUCGUCCCAUCUCACCUGGGGAGGAGAUCACGUGUUACUAUGGCGCCAGCUUUUUUGGCGAAGGCAACGAAAUGUGUGAAUGCUGCACCUGUGAGAGGAAUGGAGAAGGCCACUUCAGACACAAAGGGAAACAGCCUGAGUGUGAAGAAACAAAGGACUCUGUGGGCCAGAAAUACCGCCUGAGAGAGAGAUACCUUCGUCACCACAGAGAGAAGAGUCACUUUCCUCCGAGGCCGAUCACACCAGGAAUACACUCAGGUAUCUUUAAAGCCAUCCCCUCAAGGAAUUCCUUUACCCAGCAGAUGAGGAGAAAUGCCUUGAAGAACAGAAAACUGAGUCAAACAAAGAAGUGGAGACGAGAGAAGCACAGACGGUCAGGAAAGCACCCAUUGAAGUCCUCCACAGUCAAGCAGCAUCGGACGGUUCCUCUUUUGUCCCAAUUUACACUGAGGAACCUCAGAAUCAGAGUACGGCAUCACUCAGUGGAUUUCUUACUCUGCUGUAAGGAUCCAAAAAGCAAAGAAAGGGCCUUGCUGCAGGAGCUGGAGGAAGUGAACCUCAAAGACAACCGGCUGAGUAUACUAAAUUCCACUGGUGAUGAAAAUAACAGCAGUGUGGUCAACCUGAAGCCUUUCACUCUAAAUACCUCCGCAUCAGAUCAACAGAAAAGUAGACCAUCGGCAAAUAAAGCUGGUCUAAACGGGAAGUCUGUCAAAGUGGUGGACAAGCAGCCAGUCCAAAUGAGGACCUCUUCAAGAACAAGGAGCAUGGUUCAAGCUACGCUCACUCAGCAAACUGGGUCCAGUAACACAGCUAACAAUACAACAGUCUCUCACCCUGUGGAGAUGGAGAAAACCUGCAGUGCAAUAAAACAAGAGAAGAUUGCAAAGGCAAUCACAGACAGUCAAAGCAACAAGUGCUGCAGCCUUGAAUCUGCUCAAAGUCCAGCUGCUGAGCAUACAGCGCAAAAGACCAUCAGAGCGCCAUCUUUGUUAGAAGUGUGUCAGAGUGUCACGGGUGGCUCGAAGAAAACAGGGGACAAUCCAUUGAUAACACUGAAGCAAUACCUUACAGUCAACCUAACAAGGUUAUCAGUGUCACAAAUUGUAGAAGCAGAAAAGACAUGUGAAGACAGGAAAGCAGGAAUGGAGAUAAGAGGAAGGAGCAGGCAAAGCCAGUGUCCUAGACCAGCGCCUCUGACUGUACAGUCAGAAAAAAGAGUGUCGAGAUCUCAGCAGAAUCAGGGAGGAGCAUCAGAGGUCUGCACAGCUGAAGGUAACAGAGGGGUGAGGGAAAUGUUUUUUAAGGCCACCGAUAGAGUCAAUCUAAGGAAGCGACAUGCAAGUGAAACUGUUGGUGAUUCAUGUCACAGCGAGGAAAGGGGAAAUGACAAGGUUAUUGAGAUACAAAUGGUGUCAGAAGAAGAAAAGAUAUGUGCACAAAAAGAGCAGCAGGAUAUUGUACAAGGCAAUAUUGAAGGGGAGAAAGUAGAGACAAAUGCUGCAGCUACAGUUAUAGAAUAUAAAAGUAACAGAGCCCCAGAAGAAGUGCAAGAGUCUGAAUGUAAAAUAGUGUCCAGUGAAAAAAUCACAGAACAAAAUAGCGUCCAGUGUAUUACAAAUGAAGUCACGGGUGCGUGUACAGAGGAGGGAGUUGUUCAACUCUCGGAACAAUUGGCAAGUAGUGUGAGUAAAUAUCCGGAAAGUAGACAAAAAGAUAUCGUCAUUAAGCAGGCAAAGGUGCUGCUAUCGGAUAUUUUAAGAAGAGAUAAACCCUUAUUAGAUAAGAGAUUACAGGAGGAAGUUGUUGGAAGAAGGUUAUCAACUCGAGCUUCUAAAGAAAUGCCAAGUGCUGAGGAGCAAGCAGAACAGGCCGAGAUAAAUGGAAGCACAGAGCAGAGGAGCUGUAGGAGAAGACAAAAGCUGAGGCCCAGAGCAGCGAAAACAAAAGAAGAUAAACAAAUCACCAAGGGACCCUUGAGCAAAGAGGUUCCAGCUACAGUUAAGACCAGGUUGAGUGAUGAUAGUUUACAUCUUCAGUCAACAAAGAGGCAUAAAGACCCACUGGCCUCCUGCCUCAGCACACUACCUCAUAGGUCACUAAUUUCAGCCAAGGCUACAAAUAGUUUGCAUCCAGACACCAAUCCACAGGCACACAUACAGUCCAACAUACCUCUGAAGAAACGCACAUUUCGCAGUUCUAUGGAGAUAGACUCUGAACAGGGUUUGAAUUCUGCUUCAGAUCAAGCUUCUAAAGAAAGCACUGAGUUAAAUUCGUCUGCGUUGCUGAUGCAGGACUUGACGUCGGUUUCAGGGGAGGGUACUAAAGUGAAAAGAGAAUUUAAAAGAAGAUUUAGAAAAACAGAACUCCAGAAGUUAAACCCCAAAAGCAUCACAAAACAGAACUCCUUAAUCAGAGUGCUUCGCCCCCGAUCUAAUGAAGUUCAUUUAUCGAGGAAACUUCGAAGGUGUAAACUUGAGAGGCGAGAUUAUGACAUCGACAAAGCUCGGACACUCAAAAGUCAUAAGCUUGCAAAGAACAAACAAACUGAGAACCCGGCAAUAAUCCAAGACCAUUUUGGUAAAAAUUCAUAUUUAAAUACAUUUCUAAAAAAGGAUGAGGGGGAAAUAUUAAUCGAUCAAAGUGAUCUGGAGGACACGAAGCCUGGCAUUAAUUUUAAGAUUCGUUUCAAAAGGAGGAAAGGGAGAGUUUGGGAGAUGCAAAGUGCAGGACUUGAAAAUAUGGCGUUAAAAACAGAGAAGGGGAACGAGUUGGUGACAUGCGAUCCUUUUAAAGCCAUCAUGGAUUCUGUAUCGCAUUUAAACAUGGAGAUGGAGGCAGCCCAGGCUCAUGUGCAGGCUAGUAAGAAGUCAAAGAACAGACUGCAUCGUUUGAAAAAAAGAGGCAAGAGGUUGUGUGAAAGGCAAGAAGUAAAUGUCUCCACAGAAGCAAAAUUAGACAAAGACGGAGUCAUAGACAAUGUUGAAAUUGUACGUGAAACUCCUGGUGACAAAGUAGAACUCAGAGAGAAGCGUGAUGGGGAGCUUUUGGCUGGAGUCGAGCAGCUGCCUGAAAAAAUGGAGUGUCAAAAAAAUGACAUGCCAUCUUUGCCGACUUUACUUGAAACGAAAAUAGAAGAUCGCUUUAAAAAGAAUUGCUGCUUGUUUGAAACUGCGUCACAACAGAAACAGGAGCCAGAAUUUGAUUUUAAUGGUCUUUCGCUACCAGUAAUUAAACUACGUAGAAAGAUGGAGGAUAUUUGGGAGGUGGACAGCAAAGAGGAGCUCUUGCACACUCAGCUUAAAGUAGAGCCCAUAGUUAAGAAAGAGAUGAAGGGUCACCCUUUAGGAAAAGAAUGUCUUGAGUUUACUAAGCUCAAAGAAGAGUUCCCAUCCUCUCAGAGACUGAACAACCACCUUGCCCUGAUGAAAACGGAACAGCCACCGUUUUCCUUGUCAUUGUCACCACUGUCCCUGUCUUCCCCGCUUAAUGACAAUAAAACUGAAAUGAUGUGCUUUGCUGCAGAUAGAAUCAGUGAUAGGCCAGAGAUCAACAGUGGUGGAAGGAAACAGAGGCACAAAAUGGAGAGAACUCGCAAGUGUGGGCCUGUAGAAACACCCACCACUUGUCUUAGUCACACUCUCCAACAAAUUGACAACAGUCUCUCCAGGCUCUCCGAAGGCUUGUGUUCGUCUCAGACUCUCGAAAAGCCGACAGCCAUUUCCAACGCUUCUAGCUCUGUCAUCCAGCCCCCAUCCCAGUUUCCUCUAUUCACAACAACAGAUAACAUGCUCUCUGGUGAGCCCAGCUUCACAAACUGCUGCGAUGAUAUCCUGGACUUUCAGUGUCUCAACUUUGAGGGUUAUUACCAGCCACAGAACAUCCUUCCAUCUUCUCCAUCAGAUCUCUGUUCACUGGAUCCACCCACAGAUCCUUUCAGCAGUCCCCUCUCUCACAGCCCGUCUGAUACAUGGACGACCGAGACGCCGUACCUUGGCCCUCCCAGUCCAGGAAAUAACUUCACCAGUGAGGAUCUGCAGUUUUUUCCAAGUCUAAUUUCUUCCAAAAGUGACUCUGUUCCCCUGGAAUGUGAAGUGAAGGAUACCUCAAAUUACAGAAAUCCCCCCAAUCCCAGUUUCAGUUUCUCAGCUCUUAGCAACUCUGACUUUACUGCGAAGGAUCGAGGUAUGAGUAGAAAUCCAGCAAUGAGGCUGUCCAAAGAAGACCUCAGAACUCAGUACUUGCCUGUAGUUGGCAAGCCUCGGUCAUUUGGUGCAACGUCUUCAUCUGUUACGUCUCAACAUCCUGUUACUAUAACACAGCCGUCCAUCUACGUCAAGCCGAGUACAAGCCAGCCAAAAGGCCAGACUUACCAUAAAACCCCGGCCCCCUUCCAUCGUAUGGCCAUGCCGAGUAAAACUCAGUCUUUUUCAAGUAGUAGUCAGCCAAACCCAGUCAGAGGAGUGUCCCACAGUUGUUUGACAAAGUCUUUUACAUCACCUCAGAUGUCUAACAAACUCUUAUCUCCACAGCUCUUCACUGUGAAAAAUCCCAAUCCUCCAGACAAUCCGUUCAACUUCCAUGAGAAAACCUCAACGGUUAUUCACAGGGUGCUCAAGUUUCAAGGGGGGAACCAGAGUCAGAACUUGUACAGUGCUCCUUGUAAAGACACCAUGGCUGCUGGCAGCCCGACCAUCCCGUCCAGAACACUCGGUACAAAAUCAGGUGCUUUUGAGAAACCCCAGCAGAGUCAGAAACUUGGUUUUAGUAUGGACGGCAAAGGGGUCAUGUCUGCUCAAGGGUUUGGAAAAGAUUUUAGCCACCUUGUUUCGCCCAACACCCCCAACAGGUCCACCCCUCAUUUCAACCAAUCCAGCACCUCUUUUCCUCAGUCUUUUUGUAAAAGCAAGAUGUCAUCUGAUAAACAUGAAAGUGCAGAAACCAACAUGACAUACAAAAACUUUUCUGCCCUGCCAAGACCCUUCUUCUUUCCUAGCAAAGUAACACAUAGUCAUUCAUUACCACAAGAUAAGAGUUGGAAACAUGAUAGACCCACCCUGUCGACUUCAGACAAACACCAGCCAUGUUACACCCAGCAAGACCCCUUUGACUUCAGCUUCAGCUCCUCUCUUUCACCCAUGACUCAGCACAACAGCCCCCAAGUGAUCCACAGUACGCAACCUGGUACGCCAGCAGCAGCACACAAGAGCCAGUCCUCGACCUCCUCAGCCUCUUUCCCCUAUGGCUGUCAAGGUCCUCCCUAUGUACUCAAUUUCAGUGGAGAUCAUUCAUUGACCCUGGGUCUCCGGGAUGGGGCUGACGGUUACCCAGGACUCGGCUCAACAAACUACACCUACCAUUGCCUGAUGGAACCUUCGGGCACACAAGGGCGGCUAGUUCUUGAGCCCUGUGGGCCCCAGCUUUCAAGCCAAGCAUCUUUUUCCUUGGGUGGAUUUUCAGGACUCAAAGGUCAGGACGAACACUGCAGGAAAGACAUGCAGCAACAGUGCCCACCUGGGGAACACCAGGGCGCACCCCACUUCGGACCUGUUGCAACAUCUCACUCCAUGGGUCCCACAAAACCCAAGCGGGUGAGGUUAGUGGUGACAGACGGCACAGUAGACUUAGAUCUCCAGUACUCGGACUGAUUUACUGCAAAUAUUCAGAUGUUUUGUUCAAAGGGGAUUAUAGUGUCUCCCACAAAAUGUUUUGGUAAUCAUGGUAAUUCAUAGUCUACCCGCUAUUAAAGCCCACUGACUGACAUUUUUCUAAAUCAUUGUUUUGAUGGAUUGUUUGAAUGACUUGUACAGGGUUUUAUGUAAAGUUGACCUAUCAUCAGUGUGUUUUAGCUACUGUAUGAGUUUAAAAAAAAAGACCCUGUCAUGAUAGAUUUGUUGAGAAUACCUAAUUUAAGAAAACAAAGUAUUAAAUAUAUUUGUGAGUAGGAGUUUGAACCUAGAGGCCCUGUAAACACUGAAUGCCCUCGUACUAUACUGUAACAUAGUUGUAUGAAUCUUUCUAUGCCAUGUAUGGCAGUAGAGACGAGAGAUGUGGUGGCUGGUACUUGUAUUGGUGGGUUUUAAAAAGGCAGCUUUGUGCCUCAGUCUUUGAUAUGUUCUUGUGACUUUUUGAAGUACCCGUUGAAACAGUCCGCCCUCGGUUUUUAUACUCACAGUAAGCUCUUCUCUCACUUUGUGUGUGCGCAUGCAUUUAGCAGGCAGGUCUUGAGGGAUCAAAGUGAGGUGUGUAGUCGUCCCUGAUAACGUUACUGUUGCUCUGCCAGAUGUAAGAAAGACCAUUAGUCAUUAGCGCAUAGAUGAAAGGUUUGUGCAUGAACAGUGUAAAAAAAAUAAGUAAAGAUUCCCAUACCUGAAACUGUAUAUCUAGACGUCUGGGUGAAGAUGCGUGACAAAACUUUUUACAGCUGCUCUCUUGAGUACUCAUGCAGACAAGUGAGUAGGAAAUGUUUUUCAGGUUAAUGGAUGGAGGGAUAGUACAACACAAGUUCUUCAAUUUGGAAAUUUAAGGCAAAUAUUUACGAACAUUUUACAACACAAAAAGUGACAAUCUUCUCACAGAAUAUCUCACUUUUUUCAUUUAUUUGGUCCUUUUUUUACCCGGGGAAAGAACGGAAGAAUUAGUCGUGCGACAUCUAAUACAGUGACACAUGAUGGAGCUACACAUUCAUAGAUGUUUAUAUUGUAACCAUAGUUAUUUUCAGUUGAUUGUGGAAGUCACGUGAGCAUUACCCUCAUGUUAUGAUGCUCUGUAUGUUGAACCCCUGUUUGGUAGGAGUGCUCAGUGUGACUGCAUAUCCUCACAUUACUACCAUAAAAAUGUACUGUCUUGAUACGGAAAGGCCAAUUAUUUAUUUUAAUAUCCUCAUUCUUGAAAUGGUGCUUUAAAGUAAUUUAUAUUUCACAUUGAUUGUUGGAAGAUGUAAAUGUUUUUAUUAUUUAAUGGGACAAAAUACUGAACUAAUUAUUUACAUUGACUAUUUAAUUUCACAGCCUUUGACAUCCAGUUUUUGUCGGUUGUUACAGGUUAAACUUCGUCUGUCCUCUUUUCUAAUAGGCAGUUAGUCUUACUGAAAGUCUGCUGUAGAAAUGUACAAAUGUAGCCUAUAUCAUUAAAGACACUUAAUUCUU